AUGUUCUGUAUUUGAUAAUGUGGAAGAAAAAGGGAGAAAUUAUUUUACGAAGUCAACCAUACUCCUCUCUUCUCCUGAACGAGUUUAAUCACAUCAGAUGCUGUUUCUGCUUUCUCCCAUUUAAUACAGGACCUCGCAGAAAAUGCCGCAAAGAAGGGUGUGUAUACAAUGGUGAAUAUUGUUCUGUAACCUGCGCAAACUCAGAUAAAUUACACUCAUUAGAGUGUGAUUUGUUAGCAAAUGCUGGGGAGUUAAUGGAAGAUUUUACACAUUUUAUUCUUAGGACGUGGCUCAAGCAGAAUCAGGAUUAUAAGGAAGACGACAUUACAUCUGAAAUAGUACCUGGCAGAAACAAACCAAGAACAUUCGAGGAGUUUUUAACACAUGAAGCAGAUCUAACCAAUAAUACAAAGAAAAUGGGCCAUAUUCUAGAUCAUUACAAAAUUCUGCAGAAUUAUUUAAUGGACGAUGGACCCUCAUUGAACGAAUUUAUCCAGCUGUACGGCCGAAUUGUGAUAAAUGAUUUUGCUUUAUGGGACGAGACAGGAGAAACAUAUGGGUAAAAAUUCAUGUUGA